UGCGGGCGGGGCGGGCGCGCUGCCGUUCCCGGGUCGGGCAGCUAGAGAGCAGUGCAGGGAGCGCCAGCCCGAGCCCGCAGCUCCCUUCCUGUGGGCAAGGCCGACAGCGGAGCCGAGCGCCGGCCGAGGAGGCCCGGCCCGGCCGCCCCCGCUCCGCUCGCCCAUGGCGGAGACCAAGAUCAUCUACCACAUCGACGAGGAGGAGACGCCGUACCUGGUGAAGCUGCCCGUGCCGCCGGAGAAAGUCACGCUGGCCGAUUUCAAAAAUGUCCUCAGCAACCGGCCCGUGCACAGCUACAAGUUCUUCUUCAAGUCCAUGGACCAGGAUUUCGGGGUGGUGAAGGAAGAGAUCUCAGAUGACAAUGCAAAGCUCCCUUGCUUCAAUGGAAGAGUGGUGUCCUGGCUGGUCCUGGCUGAGAGCUCCCACUCUGACACAGGCUCCCAGUGCACCGAGAGCCACGUGGAGCUUCCCCCAGCCCUGGAGAGGACAGGAGGCAUCGGAGACUCCCGGCCCCCCUCCUUCCACCCCAACGCCGGCAGCAGCAGGGACGGCCUGGACAACGAGACGGGAACCGAGUCCGUCAUCAGCCACCGGCGCGAGCGGCACCGGCGCCGCAACCGCGAGGGCCACGAGGACGCCCCCAGGAUCAACGGGCACCCCAAGCUGGACAGGCACCGGGAGCACCCCCCUGGCUACGACAGCUCCUCCACCAUGCUGAGCAGCGAGCUGGAGUCCAGCAGCUUCAUCGACUCCGAGGACGACGACAACACCAGCAGGUUGAGCAGCUCCACGGAGCAGAGCACCUCGUCCCGGCUCAUCCGCAAGCACAAGCGCCGGAGGAGGAAACAGAGGAUGCGGCAGAUUGACAGGUCGUCCUCGUUCAGCAGCAUCACUGACUCCACCAUGUCUCUAAACAUCAUCACUGUCACUCUCAACAUGGAAAAGUACAACUUCCUGGGAAUCAGCAUUGUGGGGCAGAGCAAUGACCGGGGUGAUGGUGGCAUCUACAUCGGCUCCAUCAUGAAAGGAGGGGCGGUGGCAGCGGACGGGCGCAUCGAGCCGGGGGACAUGCUGCUGCAGGUGAAUGAUGUCAAUUUUGAGAACAUGAGCAAUGACGAUGCCGUUCGGGUUCUACGGGAAAUCGUCUCCAAGCCAGGACCUAUCAGCCUAACAGUAGCCAAAUGCUGGGACCCUACUCCCAGGAGUUAUUUCACCAUCCCCAGGGCUGAGCCGGUGCGGCCGAUCGACCCCGCGGCGUGGAUCUCUCAUACCACGGCCAUGACGGGAGCGUACCCCCGUUACGGUAUGAGCCCCUCCAUGAGCAUCACCACAUCUACCAGCUCCUCACUAACAAGCUCAAUUCCCGAGUCGGAAAAAUUAGAAGAAUCUCCCCUAACUGUGAAGAGUGACAUGGCUACUAUUGUCAAGGUCAUGCAGCUGCCAGACUCAGGCCUUGAAAUUCGGGACAGGAUGUGGUUAAAAAUCACCAUCUCCAACGCAGUGAUAGGAGCAGAUGUGGUGGACUGGCUUUACACACACGUGGAAGGCUUCAAGGACCGCCGGGAGGCCAGGAAAUACGCCAGCAGCAUGCUGAAACACGGCUACCUCAGGCACACUGUGAACAAAAUCACCUUCUCAGAGCAGUGCUACUACGUCUUCGGAGACCUCUGUGGCAAUCUGGCUGCACUGAAUCUCAACAACGGUUCCAGCGGCGCCUCGGACCAGGACACGCUGGCUCCCCUGCCUCACCCUGCUGCUCCCUGGCCCUUGGGCCAAGGAUAUCCCUACCAGUAUCCUCUGCCCCCUCCUUGUUUCCCACCAGCCUACCAAGACCCAGGCUUUAGCUAUGGCAGUGGCAGUGCAGGCAGCCAGCAGAGUGAAGGGAGCAAAAGCAGCGGCUCCAACCGGAGCACCAGCGAGACCAGCAGGAGAGCAGCGGGCAGGGAGAAGGAGCGCAAGUCCGGGGGCAGCGGCAGCGAGUCGGAGCCCGGCGCGCGCCGCGAGCGGCCGCUCAGCCAGCUCAGCCAGCGCUCGGCCAGCGACAGGAGCCACCAGAGCCACCACUCCUACGGGCCCCCGGGGGUGCCCCCCUUGUACAGCCUGCCCAAACUGGGCUCCAAGGUGCUGGGCAGCAGCGGCCCGCCCGGAGGGCCGCCGGUGCGCGAGCUGAGCGCCGUGCCGCCCGAGCUCACCGGGAGCCGCCAGUCCUUCCAGAAGGCCAUGGGCAACCCUUGCGAGUUCUUCGUGGACAUCAUGUGAGAGGAAGUGCCUUCAAAAGACUCUGCACAGGGUGGGGUGUUGUUUUUUUUUUUUUUUUUGGGGGGUGGGUUGUGGGAUGCUCAGUUGGAAGAGGCUUGGCUGUCUUGCAUGUCACAGCUUCCUGUUCGCGAGCGUGUCGCAGAAAAGAAAAAAAAAAAAUCGACAAAACUGGACAAAAAAAUAGAAAAAAAAUACAAACCCCCUCCUACACACCUACAAAAAUGAACAAGAGAUUCUCCUGGAUUGUUAAAUAUCAGCAAAUCAACGGCAUCUUUUCGUUAGGUUUGGUUUUUCUCCCCUGCCCAUCUCGUUUUGGAUUGUGAAUGGCUGGUGUAUGUUCACAUCUUAAUGAGCUUUGGUCAUUGUGGCACCUACUUCAGUGGAAUUAGUGUCUCUCUCUGGGCUGAUUGGAGGACUGGUAUUUCACAUGACUUCUAAAUUCCUGACAAUGCAUAGGAGCACUUUGAUUUUUUAUUUUUUUUUUUGCCCUGCUUUUUCUCUUGCAAGGACAAAAGGACUGCUGGCUGGUAUCUGGGAUACUGCCUUGGAAUGCUGGUUCUUGGAUGCAUCCAUAGCUCUGAGCAGACAUGGCACCCACAAGUGCUUGGAAAUGAGCAGGAUCCAACCAAUUCCUAGAGGAAAACAAAGUUGUGGCUACUUUCUGCUGACUAGGCAGUAUAAAUCAAUCUUUCUUGGGUUCUUUAAGGGUUUUUUUUAAAGAUAUUCUAUCAAGGGAGUGCUGGAGUCUUGCUACUGUAUGUGUUCAUUGUGCAGAACUUGUAAAGUUAUUUCCUUCAGUUAUUUCCUUAUUUCCCAAGAAUGAUUUUCCAGCUGCACUCGGUUCCUGGGCAUUUCAGUCACAUCCCUGCUGCCAGGUGUGGCUGUUCCCUCUGCACGUGCACUUGCUUGCAGGUUGGAAGAGUUAUUCCCACAGAAAUAGGAAAAUUGCUGCAGUUCUGUCAGCUUUGCCCUUUUGAAGGGGCUGUUUAUCCCAUUCCAGCAGAGAAAUCCUGGCUCCCACUGGGACGUGGCUCUUCUUUGUGAUCCCUCCUUCCUUUCUGAGCAAAAUCUUUCUCUUUUUUGUUAAAACAGAGACCUGGAGAUGUCUGAUCUCCCCGAGCACAGUGGGCAGAGAGGUGUGAGAGUGUCUGAGAACAGAUCAGAAGUGGUACAAAAAGAAAUCCUUACCCCACCCUGGAGCUCCCCAAAAAUAAAUCCUUACCCUGACUCUGAGUUAAACUCACUCUGGAGCUCCCCAGAAAUAAAUCCUUACCCUGACACUGAGACCCACCCUGGAGCUCCCCAAAAAUAAAUCCUUCCCCUUGACAGCAAGUUAUACCAACCCUGGAGCUCUUCAAAACUAAAUCCUUACCAUGGCACUGAGUGAGACCCACCCUGGAGCUCCCCAAAAAGAAAUCCUUACCCUGACUCCUCCUCCUGCUGAGGAGCUCUGCUGUUGAAUAUCCCCAAGAUUUAAUUUCUGGCUAUUUUCUGCUCUGAGGCUGUAGAAAGUAAACUCAGGCAGCUUCAGGGCUGUUCAAGAAGAUUUUUUAAGGCAUGGUGAGCACAGCCAUGCUCUCAUGUGGCUCAUUUAAUGAGACAGCCUCUCUGGAUUUGACCAUGGGGCCGUUCCUCUGUUAAAUUCUCUUUUGUGGGAUCCCUGCUGCUGGCAGGAUUUAGGGCAGGUGCUUUAAAAUCAGUUUUUACUGUAAAUAAGCAUUUUCUCCUCUGGUAAGAAGCUGCUUUUUGAGCUGUUCUCUGCUUUUUGGGUAAAUAUCCAAGGUGGAUGUGAAGAGAGAACAUCUUUGUCUCUGUACACACACAGCUCAUCCUGAAAACUGACCCUUCAAAAUGUCUUUUUAAUUCUGAUUUUUCACAUCUUUCCUUUUUCCCACCUCCCUUUGUCAGAGACUUCAGAUGUUUGUGGGAAUGGGAAACUCAAUUUCUCCUUCCACAGGGAGCCAGGAAUUCGGGGAACUCUCACUUAGCCCAUUUCUGGGCUUCUAAAUUAAUUUCCUUUACAAAAACCUCCCCCAAAAAAAGCUGCCCAAGGCUUCUGAAAGCAGAGCUUUCAUCACCACCCAGGGAUGGCUCCUCCAAAAGAGGCCCUGCCUAAAGCUUGACAGGACUUUUCUUUCCCUUCCCUCCUCCUCCCAGAUGCAAACCUGACUUGGUAAAUUAUUCUGAAAGAUUGACACUUAAAUCAGGGUAAAAGAGUGGUGGAAAUCUGCUCUGUCUCCAGGAGACACUGCUGAGCAGUCUGUGACUUUACUGACAAUCACUAGUGGUUCUACUUUUAAAUUAAUUGAGAUUUUUUUUCCUGGCAUUUUAUAAGUUAUGAUUUCUCUAAGGCAGAACUCAGAGAGCUGGAGGAAAAAAAAAUCUUUUAAUAUUUCCAAAAAAGGGAUUAAAGCUGGGGGCUGAGCUUUUCACCCAUGUUUCAUUUCCAAGAGCUGCAGUUUACACACCUGCUGGGGGUUUGGUUUUGUCUCGUGGUUUUGCUGUUGGCAGAAACUGUUCUGUGUCUUGCUGGUCUUUGCUGCUAUGUUGAAAAAUGACUUUUUUUCUAAAUGUGUGUGCUCGUGGGUCACCCUGGGACGAGGCUGUGAGUCCCCAGCAGAUGUGGGAAUGGUUUGCUGAGGAAAUCAGGCUGGAGGAGCUUCCCCCACUGCAGGGAAGGUGCUCUGGGUGUUCCACAGGUGGAGCCUCUUGAACAGUGCAAUAUUGAACAGUGACACACAAAUCUGCAUUUUCCCCCUUGCUGGGCUGAAGGUCAGGUCUGAAUCUUUGCCAGCUCUGAUUCCUCAAGGGAA